AUGACGGGUGUCUUCUCCCAUCUUUUGAUUUUCAACGAUGAACUCAUUCCACGAUACCCGAAGCCAGGCAAAGCAAUGGAUCACCCUAUUCCGUUGACCGACCUCGGUGUCCGGCCAGAUGGUUUCGACGCCCCGCAAUCUGUCCAGCAAGAUGGCCAGUCCCGAAGGACUACUUUGGCCGUAACACCCAAUCACGCAGACACCAAUCCGCAACGAGACUGUUCUCAACCGUCUUCCUCACAGGCAGACACUCAUCAGCAAGGGGUUGUGUCCGAUACGAUGGAAGCGGGAGACAGUGGCAUUCACAAUCAGUGUAGCGCUCCGGACGUUCGCGUUGCGCUUCAACCUCCUAGCGACCUGUCAGCCAGGUGUCCAGAUAUCCAGCCACAGGAGGGUGCCCGAGCUAUCCACGUCGCUCAUGGCAGCAACAUCGUAUCUGCUGGGCCGCCUAUUGAGCAAGAUGCCACCCCAAAGUCUGAUCAAAUCGACUGCGACAAGCUUUUCCAGCAAUUCCGGAUGACCGACGAAAUCCGCGCUCUGCAGCCCUGGAUUACAGCCCUUUGGCGUGAGGGCGUUGCUGUAACAGAGUGCCAUAGGUUCGGACGAUUUGAUGACAUAGCGGACUCGUUGGCCAGGGACUAUGGACAGGCGUCAGGAGCCACCCAAGAUCGACGCCAAGUGCUCAGUGAUUUCUUCGCAGCUCUUGAAGAUGUAAACUACUGCGCACUUCAAGUCCAGCGUACGAGUGGGCACUUAUCCAUCUGGGCGCGCAAAUGCGGAGGUGGAAUGUCGGAGAAGCCGUGGAAUCGGGGCAAAUUGAGUGUGCUGAUCACAUUGAUCUGGGUUACAUGCGCGGCCAACGCUUUCCAACACAGCAUUAUAUGGAAUGGUGUGGUCACGCCCUCCAUUGCUCUGUUUGAUGGAGAGCAGAAACGAAAUGCGGCAUUUGUUGUCGCUGACUUCGUGACCGUCGCCUCUUGUCUAGCGAUGGCUGUCGCCUCCGAGUUUCUCAGCCGCGCUCAAGGGCUUACUGUGGCACUCGGCUUCGCGGUAUUGGGCCUCGUGCUCUUUGCAGUAACUCGAAACCUGGCAACAUUGAGUGCCGGGCAGGUGUUCUACGGCAUUGGCUUCACGGGAAUUCGGCUGAUCGUCACGAUUCUGGUGUCUGACACUAUAAGUUUAAGAAAUCGUUCCCUCGCCUACGCCGUUGUCUUCACCCCAUGGGCUCUUACAGCCUUCUCGGUACCCGCCUUACGCAGAGAUUCUCAAAGCUCAGAGAUGCGUCCUGCAAUUGCCGCAUUUGCUGGGAUAGUGCCUGUACUAGCCCAGCUGGCUGAAAACGGUUGUGGUGAGAAUCGCCAGCAAAUCGAACUCCACCGGUUCGAAUUGGCGGCAAGAGGAGAGUGUAUUGCGGCCGCUUCAAGGGCGGAUGAUUUUAGGAACCUGUGCUCUAUGUCUGCUCUGGAGACCACCAACUUGCACCCCUAUCUUCAGGUAUCAUUGGGUUUGUCAAAGUCGAACGCUCGCCACAUCACCUCGGCGACUACCGUUGUCGAGGUGGUGGCGAUGCUUUUCGUCGGCAGCUAUAUCCGCCGGUUCGGACAUGUGACACCUUUCAUCAGGUAUGCUGUUCCCUGUUACAUCGUAGGAGGAAUCAUCAUGGUCUGCGCUCCAAAGGGCGAGCCUGUCGUCGGCAUUGUGCUCUUCGCUGUCGGGCAAUCCAUUAUGGCCGUUUCACGUUCGUCAUUUCAAGCUGUGAAGGAAGUAGCCGUGCUGUACUACGCCUCAGCAGAUGACAGCGCCGUCAUCCUUGCUUUCCUUAGUCUGGCUGAGAGGCUCGGCGGAAUGGUCGGAGCUACUGUUUCCGACAAGAUGUGGACCAGCGUUCUACCGAACGGCCCAAAGAGGUAUCUUUCCGCUGAAGCUGUCCUGAGCGCCGAAAGAACCCAUCCUCUGCUUAAGCAGCAUCUCUCGUACGCUAUUGGAAGUAGGGAGAGAUCUGCAAUUCAACAAGCAUACAACGACGUUCAGCGCAAUUCUCUCAUCGCCAGCUGCGUUGUCAUGGCUAUCGGUAUCGCUUGUGUGCUGGUCCUUCACGAUAUCAACAUCCUGGUCCCUCCGCCCCGACCCCAUUUCGCCCCUCUUAAAGGUCGUCGUGAUCUCGGACCCAAAGUCGAUCUGCCUACGCCGCCCCAGACCAGUAUCCAACCUGGACUGUUCAAACUACGCAAAUUGGCGGCCUCGAUGCAGAAAUCCUACAUAGCGAAUUACGAGUCGGUCCUCCAGCUCAGAGACGAGAUUGCGAACUCCACGACUCCGACUCCACAAUAUGUGGCUGACGCCUUCAGUUCUGAAAUGAGCCAAUUCCAGAUUGACAUAAGAAGCCUUGUGAUCACCCUGGAGCUACUGCAGUUCUUGGCAAGUACUCGGGAGCUGAACGAGUACCUCCCGCACAUCCCGGAUGCAGAGACGCCAGCUCCGGCCGAGUCCAGACACUUCUGUGUUAUCCAGUAG